AACCAUUCAGAAAUGUCAACGUGUUAAAGAUUUGUUUGAAAAAACGCUUAUGCGGCGUUUUAUUGAAAAAAUUACUUGACAGUAUUAGACUCAAUGUUAUUAGACGUAUGGUGACUUAGUAAUUUUUUAAUAAACUGCCACAAUGUUUAAGAAAAAUAGCACAAAGUUAAUAAUUUACGCGAUAGGUACUUUUGCCUGUUAUUUUUAUUAUGGUGUUUUACAAGAAAAGAUAACAUGUGGAUUAUAUGGUGAAGGAGAAAAAGCUGAAAAAUUUACAUUAAUUAUUGCCCUCGUUUGCUUCCAAUGUAUAGUGAAUUAUCUAUUUGCAAAAUUUAUUUUGAUAUUUGUUAAUCAAGGUGAAGAUUCCACGAAAACUUUAUAUUAUUCUUCUUCCGCUCUCACUUAUUUACUUGCAAUGGUAUGCAGUAAUAUGUCAUUACAAUUUGUUAAUUAUCCAACACAAGUUGUUGCCAAAGCUGGAAAACCAAUUCCUGUUAUGAUACUAGGUGUACUUCUUGGGAAGAAGUCAUAUCCGUUGAGAAAAUAUUUCUUCGUAUUAUUAAUAGUAGCGGGUGUUGCUGUUUUUAUGUACAAAGAUGGAAAAACAUCAUCACAAACUUCUAGUCAAAUGGGAUUUGGAGAAAUUUUAUUAAUACUCUCAUUAACAAUGGAUGGUUUAGUAAGUGCAAUACAAGAGAGAAUGAGAGCAGAACAUAAAACACAAUCUUUACAUAUGAUGCUCAAUAUGAAUUUUUGGUCCAUUAUAUUUAGUGGAUUAUCAAUUUUAAUAACCGGCGAAUUAAUUAAAUUUAUUUCAUUUUUACAAAGACAUCCAAAUAUUAUUAUGCAUAUUAUAAAUCUUGGUGCUGCUGGUGCAUGUGGACAAUAUUUUAUAUUUUUAACAGUAUCUGAAUUUGGUCCAUUGCCAUGCUCUAUUAUAACGACGACGAGAAAAUUUUUUACUGUCUUAGGAUCAGUUAUAUUAUUUGGUAAUUCACUUUUAAUGAGACAAUGGAUAGCGACUAUUGUUGUAUUUCUUGGAUUAUUUUUAGAUGCCAUGUAUGGCAAGAAGACUGCGAAAAAAGAAACUAUCAAAUAAUUUAUCAGGGGUUUUUAUUUACAUUUUUCUCAUAGAGAAAGCAUUGUUGGAAAUUUGCGAUUAAAAUUUCUUGUGCAAUUUUAGUUUUUAAUUAAAAAAAAAAAUCUAUUCAUUUCUAUGAGAUGGGAUUCAUAAAAUGAUAAUAUAGAAAAAUAAAUGAUAUCUAUUUUUAGAUAAUUCAUUGUAAAUUUUAAACGACUAUUUAAAAAAAAAAGAGAAUUAUUACAAAUCUUGUAAUAUUUUAUAUGUUCUUAAAAAAUUGUGUUCCAACGAUUAAAAUAAAUAUAAAUUUUUUAUUUUACCUUUCUUUUUUAGAAUAAAAAUUUUUUAAUUGACACUGUCAUUCAUUGACUUUUUAUAUUUUCAUUGUCAAAUUCGAUCGAAUUUAAGAUUAAGAAAAUUACCGCGAUUUUUUUUUUUUUUUGCGAUCAUAUCAUUUUUGAAUGUGCGUCAAAGAAGACGUGUUAAUUUGGGAAUAAUUCACCUUAUUAAUAUCCUUAUUAUAAUUUUAUCUUUUAAUCAUUAUAUACGAACAUAUGAGUAUUAAGUAUUUUCUUUCUAUUUUUAAGAUUAAGUUUUUCCAAAAAUUAUUACUGAAUAUUGUAAAUCUUUUUUCUUUAUAUGGAAAUUAAUUACUUUUUUUUGUAAUUUUUAAAAAUUACAAAAAUUAAACUAAAAAACAGUAUACAUUAAUAUAAUUAAAUACAAUAAAUUUAAAUUCAAUUUGAAGAAUCAAAUUCAAUUAAGUUAUUAAUAAAUCUAAUACAAUUUAAUAAAAAAAAGUGCUGAUUAAGGAAGUAAAAACUGUAAAUUGAUAAAGAUCUGUAAACAAUAACAGUAGUAAUUCACAGAACUAAUUAUUAUUAUUAUUAUUUAAUGUAUAUACAUUAAAAACGAAAAUUGAUAAUAAAAAAAUAGACAAAAAUUAGAAGCUAAAUUGUUAAGCGGGAUUAUAAAAUUUAAUUAAUUGCAUUUGAAACAAAUCUCAAUAAUCUUAGAAGAUAAUCUUUUGUCGGACAUAUAUAUCCAAUGUGUAUUGUCCCCUGAAUUUGUUUCCUAUAGCAAGUGCGAUAACUGAUAAAAAAAAAAUAACAUAUGUCUUGAAUACUGCAACUGGAAGGGAGUAAUCAGUAAAAUUUAUCAGAAUCAGCUAGGACUAUUUGACGGGGAGGGCAGUUCAUUACGUAUCUUCCUUAGUUAUAAAUCGCGUGUAUUGUCUGACUUUUUUUUUUAUCGUUGUGCCUUCUAUAUAAAUGUCACGCAAUACUAUAAGUUCAAGUAGAUUUAAGUUUAUACAAAAAAUAAUAAAGUGUUAUAGUUUAUUUUAAAAA